GUAGUUCAUGGUUAAUGACUGCCAUGGAGUAGAUUUACAGUUGCACUGUAUUUACUAUUUAUGCUACAAAGCUAACAGACACUCCUUUUUUUCAUGUCCAUCUCCUGUCCACCUUCGUCCCAACUCAUUUCCAGCCACAAUGAGCGGAAGGUGACAUGUAAGCACCCGGUGUCAGGAGUUCCCUCCCAAGACAACUGCAUCUUUGUUGUAAACGAACACAUGAAUUGUGGAAAGCGUAUCCACCCUGACGGGCCCAUAGAGGCUCCCACCAGGCUGGCUCCUAAGGCUUCAUCAGAGCAGGACAGUAGCGGCAGUGACAAGAAGGAACGUCCCUUGAGCACCAUGAGCGAGGCUUCAAACUACACAGGCGGCUCGGACUACAGCACCUUUCCUGGCAGCCCCACUAUCACGGACACUUCACCUGCAACUGUUACCUCAUCCACACGGCCCUCCAGGUCUUCCAAGAAAGUUCACAACUUUGGCAAGAGGUCCAACUCCAUCAAGAGGAACCCUAAUGCCCCAGUGGUCAAGAGCAACUGGCUUUAUAAACAGGACAGUGCAGGAAUGAAGCUGUGGAAGAAGAGGUGGUUCGUGCUGUCAGACAUGUGUCUCUUCUACUACCGUGAUGAGAAAGAAGACAGCAUCCUGGGGAGUAUCCUGCUGCCCAGUUUCCACAUUUCCAUGUUGUCAGUGGAUGAUCGCAUCAGCAAGAAAUAUGCCUUCAAGGCCACUCACCCAAACAUGCGGACUUAUUACUUCUGCACUGACACGGCCAAAGAGAUGGAGUCCUGGAUGAAAGUCAUGACGGAUGCUGCCCUUGUCCAUUCUGAACCAACCAGAAGAACGGACAAGUUGAAAGUGGACCAACGAACGCCUCAGGAGCUGAACAACCUACUGAACCACAGAGUCCUAACUAGGCCCGAGAUCCAGAACAACGAGCGGAACCGUGAACCCGUGCGGCAACAAUCUCUAUCCAGGGCUGACGACAAACGGCAAAAGGGCUCAGAGAAAAACAACGGCCAGCGGGAGCGCGAGUACUACACCUUACAGAGAGACGGAGAGAGGUAUUCUUUGAAGAAAGAUGGGGUGAGCUACAUGCUGCAGAAGGAUGGAGAGAAGUACCACCUUCAUAAGGAUGGAGAGAAGUAUUUGCUGAAAAAAGAUGGAGAGAAAUACUCUCUGCAGAAAGAUGGAGAGGUUUACAGCAUACAGAGAGAUCUAGAGAAGUACGCAGUUCAGAAAGUGGGUGAUAAGUACACAGUGACACCGACACAGGAGAAAUAUGCUCCAUCAAAAGAUGGAGAGAAGUAUUUGCUCGCUAAGGAUGGAGAAAAAUAUGCACUUCAGAAAGUUGGAGACAGACACACACUCAAAAAAGAAGGACAGACGUAUGUUCCUCAGAGGGAAGUGAAAAGACAGCUGUCAUUAAGGGAGACAGACAGGUACGGCAUGAUGGAGAAUAAAUAUGGUACACUACAGGUUGUGGACAAAUAUGGCACUUUGAGGGAAGUGAAGAAAUACAGCACGCUACGAGAAGGGGACAGAUAUGCGUCUCUCAGAGAUGCAGAGAAGUAUGCUACGCUGCGUGACGCUGAUAAAUAUGGCUUCCAGAGAGACCCAAGCUCCGAAAGGCCUCAGACCAAAAUCAGCAGCAUCAAAUUACAGCCGGCUCAAGCUGCCGCCAUCGCGGCUGCUGUGUCUGAAUCUCGCCAGGGUCAGGCCACCAUCAACAUCCAGAAACCCAUGAAGGUUAGCAGCUCUGGGUCUGGGGAGCAGACUGGGGACUGUAGUCCAGCAGAUGUGGAUGGCAGUCUGGCCAAGGCUCCGGUCAAUUCCCCAGCUCCCGUGCAGGAGCCGGUGACAGGACUGUCCAGAACCAACUCCAUGAAGCAGCUGGAACACUGGGUCCGCACACAAAGAUCAAGAGGACUGGACGACGACACCAGGAGCAUUACCUCCUACCAGACUUUACCCAGGAAUAUGCCGAGCCACCGCGCUCAGAUUGUGCCCCGCUACCCAGAGGGAUAUCGCACGCUGCCACGCAACAGCAUGAUGAGGCCGGACAGCAUCUGCAGCACGGCGGGGUCCGUGUAUGACCGUGCACUCCGUCCUGCCUCGACCUCCACUGUCACCACGGCGGAGAAGAGGAGGUCGAUGAGGGACGACACCAUGUGGCAGCUGUAUGAGUGGCAGCAGAGGCAGGCCUUCUCCAGGCAAAGCCUGGCUCCACCAACAGCUGUGGGUCAUUAUGGCACCCUGCCCAGCACAAAGACCAUGAGCAACAUCUCUGAACACACUGUGGCUCACUCCAUCCCCACCUCGCCAUCUCACGGUUCCCUGGCCCUCUACGGCACCUUCUCCGGCUCUCGCCAGCAGGUGGCUCCAAAUCCUGCAAUCUCUUUCCCUGAGGUGACGUCACCGGUUCUCCUCGGGGACGGGACUCUGGACCGCCGGCAGAGAACACACCUCGCUAAGUACGGCUUCCCAACAGACCGACGGUCGAUUGCAGCUGCCGUCUCUCCUCAGCCCAUUACUGCGCAGUCACUGCAAGGCAAGACGCCUGAAGAGCUGACAUUACUGCUGAUCAAGCUCCGCCGGCAGCAGGCGGAGCUCAACAGCCUGCGGGAGCACACAGUAACUCAGCUAAUGGCCCUGGGUUUGGAGGGGCCCAACGCCAAGACUGAUGUUCUUUCACAUCACCUCCAAAGGAACCUUGUUUACUUGGACAGUCAGACAAAGGAGAAUGAGCCUCUAAUCUUCAUGAUUCAUACAAUGAUCGAGAACUCAGCACCGAGGCCACAACUCUACCAGCAAGUCAACACAGAAGACAAUACAGUUGUCCAGCACACAGAGGAGGCUGACCUAGACACCAAGCUGAGCAGACUGUGUGAGCAGGAUAAGGCAGUGAGGAUGCAGGAGGAGAAACUGCAGCAGCUACACAGAGAGAAGCACACGCUAGAGACAGCCCUGCUGUCAGCCAGUCAGGAGCUGAGUGACCAGAGCGGCAGUGGAGCAGCAGCCACACAGAGUCUGGUCCAGCAGAGGGACGUGCUACAGAAUGGCCUGCUGAGCACCUGCAGAGAGCUGACCAGAGUCAACGCUGAGCUGGAGCGCUCCUGGAGGGAUUAUGACCGGCUGGAGGCAGACGUCACUCUGGCCAAGUCCAACCUGCUGGAGCAGCUGGAGGCCCUGGGCAGCCCACAAACAGAGCCUCCGAGCCAGCGCCACAUCCAGAUCCAGAAGGAGCUGUGGAGGAUCCAGGACGUGAUGGAGGCUCUGACCAAAAACAAGCCGCAGCGUCGCACAGAUAACACAGAUUUCCCUGGUUCUAAACCGCUCUCUAGUGAACAAAAGAAUGAGACAGUGCUACCGCCACUGGCCCUCAACCCCCCCAUAGUGGAGGGCAACAACGUGCCCCCCCGCCCGCCACUCCCCCAGUAUUACGACUCGUCCGAGCGGCCUCACAAGCCGCCGCCGCCCCACCACCACCACAUGCAUACCAGCGGCCGCCUGCCCCCCCAUACGGCGCGCCCCGAGGACCGCAAGGCUGGCCCCAGGAAUGCCGCGCACAGCCAAGCUCCAGACUAUCGUCUGUAUAAGAGUGAGCCUGAGCUGACCACAGUGAAGGAGGAAGUGGACGAGGCCAACGGAGAGGACAAGGACAAGACAGAGAGCUCAGAGAGUAAAGACACCUCAGUGUCAAAAGGUCCCCCCUGCCCAGUGGGCAUCGUCCCUCCCAGAACCAAAUCCCCCAUGAGCCCUCCUGAGUCCUCCACCAUCGCUUCCUACGUCACCUUGAGGAAAACCAAGAAGCCUGAAUCCAGAUCAGAUCGACCCAGGAGUGUACUGGAUCAUCUGGGCUUCGGGGAGCGAGAGGUUGGCAGAAUGAGGAUGAGUGUGGAGGAACAGCUGGAGAGGAUGAGGAGAAACCAGGAGGCUUCGUCACUGCGAGAGAAGAGGAGGGAAACCCCAUCCCGCUCACCGUCUUUCAACAAGGACAAUCCUUUCCUAACCCUGCAGAGCCGGGCUCAGGCAGAGGGAGCCUGUGCAGACCCUGCAGAGCUGGAAGCAGCUUUGCAGCAGCUAAAGUUGUCUCACAUGGAACAGAGCAGGACAGCUGCUGGGACUCACACGGAUAUGCAGAGAGCAGAGGAGCUGAAAAAUGACAGUUGUCAGGAGAUGCAGCAGUGCAGACCCAUGACCCUGGGGAAUGUGAAGGAGCAGAAGGUGGAGAUAAACAGCCUAGACAGUGAGCCGUGUGAAAGUCAGAGGGUAAUGAUUCUGGACCUGGGCACGAAGCCUCAGCAUGUUGAGAUCAUGAACCUCGAGCCCUUUGAGGAUGAUGACAGCAGGAAGCAAGAUCUGACGAGCUCACCCACAAACACCACCACAGAAAACAGUCUCCAGACGCCAGACCCUGAGACAUCCAGCCCUGAGCCCAAGGAGGAGGAGGCAGAAAUGACGCAGCAGACCAGCAGAGGGCAGAAGCUGGAGAGGAGCCUGGACUCUAACAACCAGCUGACGGCAGACAACAAGAAACACAACAACAACAACAACAUGUUGGCUUCACAGACAUUCACCUUGGUGAGCAGCGACACAUGAGUAACGCCGCCUGCAACGUCUACACUAACAUCCCGUCGAGCCCAAUUGUAGCCCAGUCUGCACAGAGCAUGCUCCACGGCUUCUUACAACAGAACUACUUUGAUACUACUGUUCCAAGCCCACAAGGAGACUGAGCGUGAGAGGACGGCAGCCCUGCUAAAAGACUGAACCACACGCUGAUGGACCGCCAUCACAUGCAAGACAAGAGAAAGAUCUGUCCAUGCUGACAUGCCAUCCAUAUGUUGUCCCAAAACAUUUAUGCAUAAAUAUAAGAUUGUGAAAUAACUUGUGUUAAUCUGUCUGAGCAAGGCAAGAAAUAUUCUAUAUGCCCAUAUGAAAGAAAACAUGACUCAUGCUGACUCUCAGUACUCUCUGUGAAUCAGCCCGUGAAAUAAGCAGAACAAAAGCUCCACCAUCCAACAAUCAUGAAUGCACAAGUAAAAACGACAGUUGAGCUUCUGCAAGUUGUUCCUUGAAAUUCAGGGAACAUCCAAAUUGCCAUGAAACAUUUUGUUCCAGAGAUCUCUUCCUUAGUUUGUUACCUUUUUGUGUUCCUUCAUAGUCAGCAUGUCCGUGUGGGUAAUAUUUGGACAGACAAGCAGGUUUUGUCCAUGGCCCCACUCAUGUUACUGAAACCAUAUGGGACCUGCAUAAUUAGCCCACUUCAAGCCCAUGUCCACUUAUAACACAGGUAGCCUGGAAAGGGACAUGGGAUCGAAGUGGGAAAACACGGGUGGGGUCACCAUGGAAACCAUGAACAAACCAGCUUGGGACUCAUAUUCUCAGCCCCAAUAUAAUCCUUAUGGGGCCCACAUGGGCAUGCUGGCUGUGUUCUCGAUGAAAAAACAUAUUUUUUCGGUUCCAAGCUUUCGGAGUCUGAAUCGGUUUAUUUUCCGUGUGAUCAUGUUGGUGUGUCCAAACUUAACUGUGCUGGAACUUUAAUAUUGUUCCAGCACCAUCUUGUUUUUACUUUACUUAAACCAGAAGAAACGUUAUUCAGAAGAGCAUGGUGGGCCUGACUGUGUGUUCCACUUACAUGGGCUUCAUAAGUUCCCAGUUACUGGAAGUUUCAAUUGACUCUAUGCACGGUCACUUCCUGGUUUUCAAUCUGCAGAUGUUACCGAGGAAUUAUACAAUUUAGUGGAGGCUGUACACUGAGGAAGCAGUGUUAUGCAGUUGUCCCCUCAUAAAAAAUGCCUUUUUCAUUUUAGGCCAUGUUCAAUCCCUCUGGACUAACUAUCAAAACAACUACAAAAAGACAAUAUAAAUGUUUUUAAUCAAUAUUGGAAGUUUUAUUCUCUAACAUUAACUUACAAAGUUCAAAUUAGCCCUUAGUGACAACUGACUGUAAAUUAAGGAGCUGGCUUAUAAUUUAGCGGUAGUUGUAAGUGACGCUCUGAGCAUAUAGUCCUUUGAGACAUCAUAUGAAUUUGUAAAUCCUCAUGCCCUAAAUUCACAUUUCAAGAUGGCUGCUCUGAGCGUCCACAGAGUGAAAGGUGUAGUUUACUACUGUGUGAGCACUGUUCCACUAGUGUCUGUGGACACGUUGCUGCAAUGCUUUUAUGUAAAAUGUACUCCAUAACAUGUUUAGAAAAUGGAGUAGAUUUGCUUGCUAGUUAGCGAACCGAGCUAUAUUCCUAAUAUUAACCACAAAAUAAUCUGACUAGUGAUGUUUAGUGGAAAUUAGUGGAAGAACGCGUUUAACUUUUAACUAUGACAUCAUUCUCAGUUCUGACUUACAACUUCUGUUGUACGUGUUUUGUAUUGCUUGUCCACUUUCACCUGCAACCUAUUGGACAGUAGCUCGUGAGUAACUUGCCGUCACACAAGGUCCACAACCAAAUGAUAUAUUAUCUUUUUGACUCUGAAUGGGACCACGAUUUACAAAAUGGACAUCAUGAAGAAGACCUGAAACUAGUGAUUGAAACCAUACACCCCUCAGGAAAACCGACAUCAAGUGAAAAUUAGGCUCAUUUUGCAUAGUUUUACAAACAGACCAGUGGAGUCACCACCUUAUUGCCAUUUAUAUGGGUCACAUACACUUUCGUAUUGGCUUUACUAUAAGGCUGAAUGGAUUAUUCAAUUAAUUGAUUACUAAUCAAUUGCUAAAUUAAUCGUCAAAUAUUUAGAUUUUUUAUAUAUAGAAUUGAAACUUCUUAAAUAUGAAUUUUUUUUGGUUUCAUUGCUCCAUUUGACAAAGAAAUCAUUAAAACUGAAAAAUGUUGGUUUGUGGAAAUAACAACAAAUGACAUUUGAGAACAUCGAUCACUUAUAGGUUUGGGAAACACUGGUUUUAUGGACCAACACUGUUGCAGCUCUACUUUACUGUCAAGACUCAGACUAUGUCCAUUUUACACUUUAAGAACGUCUAUCUCUAUCUCCAGGCAUGUCCAUGUCGUAGGAGGUCACUGUAAUAUUUACUUCAAAAGGUUGCUUUGUUAUACAAGCCAGUGACAGUUGCAGUUAGAGUUCAUCAGAACUUUCUGUUUUACUGAUGGGUAGUUAUAUGUAAAGUAUCCACUUAUUCUAAAUGCAGACUGCAAUAUAAACACAACAAUUAGCACGUUUUACAAUUGAUCCAGUCAAGCUGAAUAACAAAGUAAAUGGUGACCAGGUGCCACCCAUAUUGACAUGAUCUCUCUUUUGUGCUGCGUACACACCAAACACAAACACGGGAUCACUGCAUUUUUGAGCAACAUCAAGCCGCGGGCGUCACUGACUGCUUCGCUGACCAUUUGCCAUGCUCCCUCAUUUUUGUUGUCCCGCUACAUAUCACUUUGUGUCGUAGAGCUCCGGGUGCCCACACACAGAAAUGAUCAUUUUCCAAAGUUGGAGCAAUUAUAUGGCUUUCUUUACAAUGUGGGCAGUUGUUACGAGGGAAUGCACAAUAUCACUUUUUCAUGUACAAUACCAAUAUCACAAACUUAUUCUAUACCGAUAAAGAUACCAAUCCGACAUUUUAAACUAUGAAGCCAUUUCAAGCUAAUAAUUGUCCAACUGUAACAAAUAUUCUUCUCCUAGAAAGUGAUUAGCAGCCUGCAACAUUAGUGAAAUGCUGUUGUUGAUUUUUAUGCUACAGUCUGUGCACAGUAUAUAUCGGAUUUUUGGAUUACGUCAGAUUUCGUGUUUUUAUCUUUCCAAAAUCCAAUCCAGUGAUUCCGAUACCGGUUUAUCCCUAGUAGCUAGCUACCAAUGCUGGACCGUGCAUGCAUUUCAGCUUGGUAGAACAGCCACUAGAAGGCCCCUCCCAUUUUCAUAACUGCCAUGUGAUUGGUUAAAGCCUCCUGUCACAGGUUAGAUUUAGCCUAAAGGCUGGAAACAGAGUCUAGAGAAGGUGCAGAAGUCCAGCUCUCCCUCAGAUCACUUGAUUUACAUUGUGCUGAAUUUGGUUAUUAUGGAAUUAUGGAUUAUUAACAACAAUAUGCCAAAUAUAUGUUGCCUACUCCAGCUUUAAUUAGUCUUUAAGUGUUUGACUAGAGCUAAAAAUAUGAAGAAAAAAAACGGUUUCACAAUCUUCACUGUAUGUAUGACUUGUUUUGGGAUUUGACGUGUUUUGUUACUCACAACUUUUGAAACGUUUGUCAGUGUUAAAGUCAUCCUGACUUCCCACUGAUGGUGAGCGGAGACUAGAGCUGUAAAUGUUGUAGGAGCAAAAAAGAUGGGCUCAGCACCAAAAUGUGACACACAUGCAGUGAUUUACUCUCACACCUAAGUGAUUUAUCUUCCAUUAAUUAUUGACUUUAAAUUGUUUGCUUUCCACUCUAUUUUCACACCCUUUACACCUGCCUUGUAAAAGAUUAUACACACAUAUAUAAGUAUAUAAAGAGUAUAUGAACAAACUUAAAGCAGGUUUUUACGUUAACAAGGUGCCCCUUCAUGCUGCUGUUUUCCUUUUGGACAGAAAUAUGUCUCUUGCAAGAGUUGUGAUUGUUUCUCCUUGUUGCUGAUGGAUUUCCAGUUCGGCUCUCUUUGUGUCUCUCACUUUGGUUUACAUUAUUCAGAUGUUAUAGAGCAAAGAGGCUGAGGGACAUUACACAGGUGAGACUUCUUUUGUUUGUGGGUUUGAAUCUCUUUGAGGUGGUGAAGGAUUGGGGGAAUAGCACAUGUACGAAGCAAUAAGUGGGACUCGGGAGCUCCAGGACAUAAAAAGAGUUGUAAAAAGUGUAAAGAAAUAAAUAAAACCAGAUAGAAUAAUUUAUGUAAACACUGAAAAGAAGAAUAGUGAAUAUCAAAAUUAUAAGAGGUUAUUAUUAUUAUUAUUAGGGUCAAUAUGCAAAAAGUUCAUACCCAUCUGUUUUAUAACAUGUGAAAUAAAUGUUGAUGUUCUUAAA